ACAAACUAGCUUGGUCACUUGUUUACUCUGUUUGCCACCCAACAAUUGCGUAACGAAUUGGGCUAAUGUUUAUCAACUGACUUCUGAUUUUGGUGGAAAACUGUGUUAACUAUCCAAACUUAUGUAUUACUGGCUAGCUUCGUAGCUCGGACAUGAAUAAGGCAUUGUUCUUUGUGAGACAGUUUGUAUCACAGAGACGUGGUUUAAGUUACUCUGCUGCGUGUUGUCAGGUGAUGACCAACCCCGAGGAAAUUGCCAGGCUCUACAGAGAACUCAGCCUCUUUCCUUCUUUGAGCAGAGCAGAUGUGGGACCUGUCAUCACCUCUCAGUAUGGAGGCAAAUACAGUAACAUCUACACAGAAUGGAGCCAGCGGGAUUUGGAGAGGAAUGAGAAUGUCAAAUUUUGCCGCCAGUACAUUGUAUUCCAUGAUGAUAAGUCGGUGGUCUACUCUGGAGCUUCAGGAAACUGCACUGAGAUCAAGGGGGAGGUGCUAAGCAAGGAUUCUCCUUCGGGUGAAAUGAAGGCUGUAGUCAGAGAGUGCACAGUCAAAGGAGAGGACAAACAGUUUCUGGAGAUCUGGAGUAAAAACAUCAAGAUGAAGAGCAUCGAUCUAACAGCCUUAAAGAAGCAUGGCAAAGUCUAUGAAGAUGAGCAGUUUGGCUGCUUGGUUUGGUCCCACUCUGAGACACACCUCUUGUAUGUGGCAGAGAGAAAGAAACCCAAGGCAGAAUCUUUCUUCCAGACUGUGUCACCAGAGUUGUCUUCUAUUGGGGAUGAGGAGGAGAACAUUAGAGUGGAGAAAAAGGAGGCUGUAAAAGGGGAGCAGUUUGUCUUCUCUGAGGACUGGGGAGAGGCACUGGUUAGUAAGAGCUCCCCAGUGCUUUGUGUUUUGGACAUCGAGGGUGACAAUGUCUCUGUGCUGGAAGGAGUGCCUGAAAAUAUCUCACCUGGACAGGCAUUUUGGGCUCCAGGUGACACAGGUGUGGUGUUUGUGGGCUGGUGGCAUGAGCCUUUCAGACUUGGUCUCAAGUACUGCCCUAACAGGAGGUCAUCUUUGUUCUAUGUGGAUCUUACUGGUGGGAAAUGUGAGCAGCUGUCAUCAGGCACCAGUGCAGUGUGCUCCCCCAGGCUGAGUCCAGACCAGUGUCGAAUUGUGUACUUGGAAUGUUCUGUCUAUGGGCCACACAUGCAGUGCAGCAGGCUCUGUAUGUAUGACUGGUAUACUAAGAAAACCUCAGUGGUGGUGGACGUGGUGCAGCGACCUAGAGAGGAUGGCUUCACUGGUAUCUACAGCUCUCAGUUGUCCCCUCAGUGCUGGUCAGCUGAUAGUCAGCGUAUUAUUGUAGCUUGUCCUCAGCGCAGCCGCAAGGAUCUGUUGAUGGUGGAUAUAAGCACAGGGAGCGUCACCUCUCUGACUUCAAAGUCUGAAGUUGGUAACUGGUGUCUGCUGAACAUAGAAAGAGAUCUGAUGGUGGUCAGCUUCUCCUCACCUAACUGCCCCUCAACUCUGAGGGUCGGUUUCCUUCCGGCCCGGGAUUCUCAGGAAGAAGUGGUGUGGGUUACUUUGGAAAACUCUCAGGUGUUACCAGAUAUUCAUUGGCAGAUCUUGACUUUCACCCCUCCCCCAGAGCAAGACAACAGUCAAUACCCUGGCCUUGAUUUUGAAGCUUUGUUGAUCAAACCAAAGGAGGUGAAGGAAGGAGUGAAGCUGCCUCUGAUUGUCACUCCUCAUGGGGGUCCCCACUCAGUGAUUGUAGCUGAGUGGCUUCUGUCAUCCUCUGUGCUGUGCAGGAUGGGCUUUGCUAUAUUACUGGUGAACUAUCGUGGCUCUCUUGGAUAUGGCCAGGACAGUAUCCUCUCAUUACCUGGCAAUGUUGGCAACCAGGAUGUCAAAGAUGUUCAAUUUGCUGUUGAAAGUGUUCUGAAAGAUGACGAGUUCGACCUGCAGAGGGUGGCAGUUUCUGGGGGCUCCCAUGGUGGUUUCCUGGCCUGUCAUCUGAUUGGCCAGUAUCCAGGCUUCUACAAGGCCUGUGUGGCUCGCAACCCUGUCAUCAAUUUGGCCUCCAUGAUUGGCAGCACUGACAUCCCAGACUGGUGCAUGGUUGAGGCUGGCUAUAACUACAGCACAGACUGUCUACCUGACCCUGCUGUUUGGGAACAGAUGUUGAACAAGUCCCCCAUUAAACACGUAACACAGGUUCAGACACCAGUACUGCUUACCUUAGGGGAAGAUGACAAGCGUGUACCUAACAAGCAAGGAAUUGAAUAUUACAGAGCACUGAAAGCAAAGCAGGUCCCAGUCCGGUUGCUGUGGUACCCAGGGAACAACCACUCUCUCGCCAAAGUGGAUGCUGAGUCUGAUGGCUUUAUGAACAUUGCUCUGUGGAUAAUUCAACACUUGAGUCAGUGAUGGUAAAUAUCAGACAAAUACAUGGUAGUGUACUAAGGCUUCAGUUGGUGCCAGGAAAAGAAAGGACAACACUGCUGUGUGUAAAGGAUUUUAUAUGCUUCUGUUUCAAAGACAGUGUGAGGUCCAAUCCAAAGCCAAAGCAUUGAACGUGCUGUCCAACCAGAACACACUGUGUAACUGUUCUUCACUUGUAAUCUGUGUGUGGCUAUAGUGAUUGCCACAAUUACUUCCAAUAAGUGAAUGGGGAAAUAAUAAUUUUAACACAAUACUUGAAUACAAGCAGUUUUGUGUCUGCAUUUUUAUUGAUACUGUUCAUUUUUUUGCAGUCUAUACAUAAACACAGAAGGGCUUUUCAGUGUGUUCGUUGUGUUUGAGGUUAUAUUAACAAAGCAAACCAAUUUAUUAAUCUUUUUUUUUUCUCAGCUAACUAUUACUGUUUGGUUUUAAAAAAUCACUUUCUCUUUCUUGAUUUCAUGGAUUUCAUGAUUUAGUGCACUUAAUAAAGUGAUUGUGAAAAUAA